ACUUCACUGACCCUCACUGACGACAGUCCCUCUUUCUGGAAGGCCGUGAAGCGGUGAGGCUGCAGGGAGCUCGGAGAGGACGAAUGUAAAGGCUGCGGCGGGGACACGAUGAAGGCUUCAAACAUACAAACCCCCAUCAUUUUGUAAACACGUGUCUCAGGGAGUGAAAAGUGUCUCAUCUGUUGGAGGCCAUGUCCAUGCAGGGGUCAGUGCUCGCUGUGGGGAAAUGUCUCGCCUGUUUGGAGUUCAUGCUGUUACCAGUGUGGCAGGGGAUCAGGGCCAGUAGUGGCAUUGGAGAUGGGUGGAGCCAGGGCUGGGGCCGGUGCUUGCGAUGGGAGCCCAGCAGCCCAGGACAAGGCCCCCGGAUCCCAGUGUUUGACUAUCCUGUCUGGUUGGUCCUCUGCCGCGGAGGACGCGCCAGGCUCAGGGAGGUCUGUCAAAGAGGGAGGGGUGUCAUCCGGCUGCCCGCAGAUAUGCUCCGCUUCACACUUCCCCAGCUGUAUGACAACCACCAGAUCCCCAAGGUGUUCAGAGAGGACAGCAUCAUCUCCGGAUACCGUCAUCCCAAGAGCUCAGCGCUAGACUGUGUCCUCAGCAGCUUUCACAUGAACAAUGAGACGAUGAACAUCUGGACCCACUUCCUUCCAACAUGGUAUUUCCUGUGGCGUUUCUGUGUCCUCUGCUCUACACUUAACUUCCUGACCGACAGCUACACCUGGCCGCUGCUGGUUUACAUGGUGCUCAUUUGCAUUUACCCCUUCACCUCCAGCUGUGCACACACUUUCAGCACCAUGUCCCCAGAGUCCCGCCACAUCUGCUACUUCUUUGACUACGGAGCGCUCAGCCUCUACAGCCUCGGUUGUGCCAUAAGCUACGGACACUACGUCAUACCAGACUGCUGGGUGAACAGUUUCGUCCAUCAACAUUUCGUGCCCAUCGCCGUUGGAAACGCGUUGUUUUGCACCAGUUUGUCCUGUUAUUCCAGGUUCCUGGAGUUGCAGUUCCCAAAGAGAAGCAAAGUUAUGAGGACCGUAGCGUUUAUCGUCCCGUUUAUAUUCGACACGGCGCCUCUGUUUUACAGGAUUGUUCUGUGCUGUGGAGGAAACUGCGGCUCCAGCAGCGCCUUGUCCAGUCACUGUUACCACCUCCUCUUCGCCUUCCUCACCUGCUUCCUGUUUACCGCCCACCUCCCGGAGAGGCUUGCCCCAGGGCGAUUCGACUACAUCGGCCACAGUCACCAGCUCUUCCACGUCAGCGCCGUGGUGGGAACCCACUUCCAGAUGGAGGGCGUGAUCGCCGACAUGAUGUCACGGCGGGCGUGGCUGGUGGGCCACGGAGCCACGCCCUCCUUCCUGAGCACCAUCGGCGUGCUCGUCGCCAGCUUCGCCCUCAACCUGGGCGUCAUCGGUAUCUUCAGCGCGCCGCUGCUGUGGAAGCCCGACCAGUCGCACGCUGCGGCGCGUGAGCGCAAGGAACAGUGACGGCAUGCGCGCGCGUUUCACAGCGACAGGCACAAAAUGGCCGCUUCACUGUCCAGAUGAAAAGGUUUGGGCUGUUUAACAGUUUACAGUAGAUGUCGUUUAACAGGCACUCUGUGCCCAAACUGUUUACUAACAAAGUUACACAAGCGAGGUUUGUGUGUUUGCUGAGAAGCUGAAGACUCGCUGCUCUCGUAUUAAAGGGGUAGUUCAGGGUGUUUGUAAAAGAAAAACAGAAACAUGUUUACUGCUUUAUCUCAUUGUUAAGAAAGUGUCGUUUGUGUCACUUUACAAACGGCUCACUCCUCUGCACCUGGAGUCCUUUGACAAAAACAGUGUUUAAUUUUAAGUUUCCUUUAAAAAAUCCUUAGACGAUUUGUUUUAAAAUUAAAACGCACAUUUAUGUCACAAUAGUGGAAGUUACUUCACGGAGUUGAGCUGUAGGUGGCGCAGAAGUUCUGGUGACCACUGAAGGAUAAGAAGAUGCAACGUUUCCGUCGAUCAUCGUGCUGUGAAACGUGGAAGUUUCUAAACGUACUUUAUUGACUGCACAUGUUUCCCCUUUUUGUUCAACAACCUUUUUCUCUCGGCUUCAAGUGAAAGCAAUAUUUUUUAAAACCUUUUCAAUUUCUCUUGAGUUUCCAUUCUGUUUUUUUUAUUUUGUGCAAAUCACAAGUGUCCCUUAGAUAAAUCCUGACAGGCUUUCAACCACCAAAAUAACACACCUGUGUUCUGGGAAGAAGAUAAGUGCUGUUUUUGUCACUGGUGCACGGAAGUGAAGUGUUUUUCAAAGUGUUUCCACCUGGAAAACCAUAGUCUAAUAGCAAAGUAAAGCAAGUGAAUAUAGUUUUUAACUGUUUCAGUAUGUAGCACACUCUAAUAUCCCACACUGUCCUUUUAUUUAAGGUUGGUUAAUAUUUAACGGUCCCCUCGUUAAGUCUGGAAAAGGCUGUGGGUUGUAUGAAGCUGGAGGAAACACACAAACACGUCUCUCCUCGUAGAUUGAGAUUAGAUUAGACUAUAACGUCAAAAAAAACUGGAAACAUUAAGAGUCCCAGCGAGUGGGGGAUUCACGUCAAAGUCGACAAGUGGGGAUAAAAGAAGAGGAUUCAAUGAUGAAAAAUAAUCCGCGUGUGUGUGAAUCGUUGUCGUUGAGUUUAAAACAGCGACAGCGACGACUCUGGUUCAGUAUGAUGCAGAUUGAAUCGUUGCCUCUUCUUCUCUUUGUCCACGUUAUUGAUUCUGUUCUGCACUGACUGGAAUUGAUUUUCAGGCCAGAGCCGUUCUCUCUUUUUCUCUCUUUUCUUUUUCUUUUUUCUCUUUUCUUCUAAUUGCCUGCCUAAUUAUGAACUGCACAAUCUGCUCCGACAGGGAGGGAAAAGAGGUAAAGUUACAGUGCGGUGGUGAUUAUUAAAAGGCAGGUUUUUUUUUCAAUAUAAAUAUUUAUACAAAUACAAAUAUAUAUACUGUAUAUAUAACUUGGUUUCCAUGGCAGCAUUGCAGUGGCCUCAUGCCAGCAAGUCACUUUGUCACCUUUUUCCCUCUUUCUGCUCCUUCUUCAGAACAUAUUAUUCUGAACAUCUGGCGGGCACUGGUGGUUAGUGGCGGUUACUGUGAAAUUACACUUUGAAGAAAAUAAGAAAAUUAAAUUUGACACACAUUUCAAAUGAGAAACAGUGAAGGUAGAGAAUUGUAUUCUUGUGAUGUUACAGAACUUAUACAGUUAGAAAAAGUGCAAAUUCUAAAUUUAGAAUUUAGAAUUUUAUGGUAUUUAUUGCGUAUUUUAGUUGCAGACGUGGGAUAAAGGAUUUAGAGUAGUAUAGCUGAGGUGACUGGUUAAUUCUUAACUUGGUUAAUGACUCAAACUGGCAAUGGCAAGUUAUUUUUGACCCUGAUUUAGCCUAAAAAUCUGCAGGAAAACACAUUUAAAAAAAAAAAAAACAUCCAGCACUAAUCUAAUUAUUUUGAGGUUUAUGUUAUGAGGGUCUUUAUCAGAGAAGAAAGUUUAGUCAAAUAAUUAUUCAGUAGAGUUCAGCUAUUUUUUAUCGAUCUUUUCAAUCAGUUUGCAAAAA